AUGCCAUCGACCGACGCAUGGGUCAAGGCCGCCUUCGUGGCGCUUGCUGUCUUCACGCUCGUACACCUCGCGCUGGUGGCGGGCAGCUUUGGCAGGUCCUCCUCACCCAGUGUGCGCGUACCGGUACAAGCCAACUACGAGCCCAACUGGGUUGACAUCGCAGCCAUUGACGCGCUCCACGCGGCGCACGACGACGAGCUCUUGCACUUGAUCGCGUUGAACGUCUUUUGCCGCAAGGAAGACAACGUGCUCAUCCCGUGGACCGCCCGCAACUCGAGCGACAUGCUGCACCGCGACAGUCCGCACGCAGCGAUUCUGGCCGAAUUGCGCAAGUGCCCUGCCGUCGACAUUUACCUCAACACGGGCGUCCGAGACCACGGGUACUGCGAAGACGCGAUGGCGUACACGCUGCAUCUGCAGUCGCGCGCAAUUCCCAAAUGGGUUCUCGAGACGACGUUCACGGAUGAGGACGGCAGUGCCACCACGUACUUUGAGCUGUGUCCGCGCUCGGCCAUCCUCUUUAUGAACCACUACUGGGAAGAGGUCCACGAAAUGCCACGCUUUCCGUCCACGAAAAAGAUCGUGCUCAUGCCCAACUCGCGCGAUGAGUACAACCGCAUCUGGGCGUGGUACAACCAAGACUUUAACAACCCACGCGGUGCCAAGGUGCUCUACACUCAGCACACGACAAGCGACGCGACCGUCUUGGUGCGCAACGCGAGCCAGCACGGCCAGCUCAAUGGCACCCUCGCCCCCAAAAACUUUAGUCAACUCAGCGUCGUGCACGCCAACGGCAAGA